AUGCUGCAGACUGCAGACCCGGCCCGGGCGGAUUUCCUCAGUCAAUGGAAGACCCGCUUAGAGAUCAUGCGGCAUGGACGAAUGGGUGACCUUGCUGCCAUUGAUGGAGAUCACCAAGCAAUAAUCCGGGAAUGUAAUGCCACAAUUGCCCGUGGUCAACUCACCAUCUUGCGGAAUGAAAAGGCAACUGUGGAUGCCACAGUGCAACGCAUCAGGAAUGACGUGGAAACACUUCAUGCACUUGGCUCUGCAUUUUGCAGGGCUAGUACUUUUUUCGAUAAAGUGAUGGCUGCUUGGUUCGAGAACAAGAAGACGAUUUCGGAGCUCGAAGAGGGUUUCAAAGAAAUUUGCAAAGGACCGCGAACUCAGCUCAACUACUAG